AUGGCGAAGAAAGCACCAAAACGAAACAAAGUACUUUGGAUAAUUUCAUCCUAAAACCUUUCUUAACUUGAUAAUGAUACUGGUACAUUCAAGAAUUUCACAGACGCUCUAUCAUCUAAUAGAGAUCCGGCAGGAAGACUAAAAAAGAAUGUGAAUAAAAAUGCGUUGAAAUAGAAACAAGAUUAUGAGGAAGCAAUAGAGAAUAGUUUGAUCAGUGCUUAAUAUGAAUAGAUGAAUUAAAAACAUAUUUAGGAAUCCAAAAAUGAUGACAAUUCUGGAUAUUAGAAUGAAGAAUUUUAAAUUCAGGAAGAGGAUGAUUUGAGUUUAGAGAUUUUGAUGCAAAAAUAGGAUUAACAGCAAUAUUCAUAUGAACAGAAGAAACACCCGUAGAUCAUGAUUGAAAAUCUAGGAUAUACUGAUAAGAAAAAUCAUACAGACUAAAAAAAAGGAUCUUAGCAUUAAUGGAAUGGCGGCGAUCCAAUAAAAUUGCAUCUUAUGUAAAAGUAUAGACCUGGGGAUAUCAAUCUGGCUUUUAUGAAAAUGCAUUAAUUAAGUAGAAGUCUUUGA